AUGUCACGCUGGUUGGGCUGGGCCUCGGCGGCCGGCUCGCUAGCCUCACUCGUCAUCUGCCUGGCAUUCGUUCCUUAUUUGCAGAACAAUAUUAACACCAUCACCGAAUCGAUAGCUUCCCGGAAUGAGCAGCUCCGGCUGCGAGGGGCCGAAGCGUUGGUGGAGGUCAAACUGCUUCCGAAGUCUCGUCGGCAACGUGGAGCCCCGGAAUGCCGAUGCGAGAAGGAGGACCGCUGCCCGGUCGGACCCCAAGGCGCCCCGGGUGCUGAUGGAGAACCGGGGAAACCGGGAGUCCCCGGGGCCAAGGGCGUUCCCGGCCUGCCAGGAAUCGCCCCGGAAUCUCUUCGCCAUGAGCACGGCGCUCCCGGACAGGACGCGAAAAUGGGCGAGAUGGGCAAGCCGGGGAAAGAUGGAGAUCGCGGAAAACCGGGAAAACCAGGGCCCCCUGGAGAGACCGGCUACCCUGGCGCCGAUGCUCACUACUGCCCAUGUCCCGGCCGCAAUCACUCCUUCGUCACAUACCUGCGCGCGACACGGAGGCGUUCGGCCAUGCAC